AGCAUAGCCGCCGAUCCGAGCGCAGUCUGUGCACGUAGUCGUCGUGUCUCGUCGUCGCCGCCGCCGCCGCUGCCGCCGCCGCCGCGUCCUUUGACACGCUUGUAUAACCGCGAGGCGCGAUAAACAUCGGCUUUCCUCAGAAUUCGAGCACAGUCGGCUCGAGGAGGCGAAGCAGCUACUCGGGGACGCGAACUAGCCAGGACUCCCGAGCUCGAGAAGAAGGCAUUUUUCAGCCCAAAAGACAGUGCAUAUAGCGCCAGCUCUCGAGAGCCGCGGAGACGCACGAUGCCAAGUGUCGUCGGCGGCGCGGGUCCAGGAGCCGCAGAAGACGCACCAGCAGUCGCAUCUGCCUCUGCGUUGGGCAUUUAGCGGCCGCACCAGCUGCGACUUCCAACCUCGUACUUUCGACAGCCUCAUCCUUCAGCCUGCUGAGCGGAGAGACGGAUAGAGUCUAGCUGGACACAGUGACGAGAGUGCAGAAGAAUACCUACACCUAGUAGCUCAUAUAUCUACGCAACGCGCGUUUCUGCGAACGCGACUUUUUUGCGGUGGAGGCAUACUAGUAUACUACCGCUGCCCGCGGGACCAUCACCUUUAGACGGCAAGUGUCAAGACACACGCAGCAACUACAACUUCGCCUCGGCCUUAUGCCUGUCCUCAGAGUUUGGAAGGUAUUUUAAAGCCGUAACCAACUAGUUUUAUAUACUUGACAUUUGUGAUCGCUUGUGACUGACAAGAUGUCGGAAAUAGUCUACCCACAAGGGUGUAGGCCCGUUACAGAUGAUCUUGGUCCUGAUGAGCUCAUUAGAAGGCUCAAGACACUUGCACAUACUCUGCAAGCAAUGGGCCAAGAUGAGGGAAUGUAUCAGCAAUAUAUUCCUUUGGCAUUACAUUUAGCAGAAGAUUGUUUCUUACAACAUCAGAGCAAAGACGUGCAAUUGCUGAUUGCAUGCUGCAUAGCUGAUGUUCUACGAGUAUAUGCUCCAGAGGCUCCUUAUAAGGAUGCUGACCAAGUUAAAACUAUUUUCUUCUUCUUAAUCAAACAAUUGGCUGGUCUGAAAGAUCCCAAAGAUCCAGCUUUCAAAAGAUAUUUUUAUCUACUUGAAAACUUGGCUUAUGUUAAGUCUUUCAACAUGUGUUUUGAACUUGAGGAUUGUCAAGAAAUAUUUUGUGCUCUAUUCUCAUUGAUGUUUAAAAUUGUCAAUGAUGAACACUCUAGCAAAGUUAAAAGUUUUAUGCUGGAUGUGUUGUGCCCACUUAUUACUGAAUCUGACAUUGUCAGUAAUGAACUUUUGGAUAUCAUCCUAAUCAACAUUGUUGAGCCAAAUAAGACUCAAAGGAAAAACGCUUAUGCCCUUGCUAAGGAACUUGUAGUAAAGUGUAGUGAUACUUUAGAAGGAUACAUUCAAGGGUUCUUCAAUAUCGUGCUUAUAUUGGGAAAAAUGGAAAAGAACUUGCAAAUCUGCAGUAAAGUAUAUGAUUUGAUUUACGAAUUGAAUCAUAUUUGCCCAAGCGUUCUGAUAUCCGUCCUUCCGCAACUUGAAUGCAAACUGAAAUCUCCGAACGAAGUAGAGCGUCUCGGAGCUGUGGCUCUGCUAGCUCGGAUGUUCUCCGAGAAAGGUUCUCAACUCGCAGUACAAAACCAGCAGCUUUGGCGAGCUUUUCUUGGACGAUUCAACGAUAUCAGCGUGUCGAUACGUACUAAGUGCGUGCAGUAUUCUAUGCACUUUUUGCUAAAUCAUCCCGAACUUAGGAAAGACAUCACUGAUACACUAAAGAUGAGGCAGCAUGACGCAGAUGAGAACGUAAGGUACGAGGUUGUAAUGGCAAUUGUGACAACAGCACGUAAGGAUUUCGAAGUAGUGUCGGACAGUGAGGAUUUGCUGGAAUUUGUGAAAGAGCGAACGUUGGACAAGAAGUUCAAGAUCAGAAAAGAAGCGAUGUCAGGUCUCGCGAUGAUCUAUAAAAAACAUUUGAACGAUGCAGAUGUGCCGCAAGCAACGAAAAAGGCUGUGACUUGGAUCAAGGACAAGAUCCUGCAUGGUUACUACAUGUCGGGAAUGGAAGACAGGUUGCUGGUGGAGAGACUGCUAAACACGUGCCUAGUGCCUUAUCAAUCACCUGCAGAAGAUAGGAUGAAGAAAUUGUAUCACUUGCUGGGUACGAUAGAUGACUAUGCAUCUAAAGCUUUUGUUGAGCUUCAGAAGCAUCAAUUAGCUGUAAGGAGAUCCGUUUCGGAGUGGAUUGAAAUAAUCAAAAGAACAGAAUCGGCAGCAGCUCCCGAAUUAGCGGCAAAGGUUUUGCAAAUUUCUCGUUUCUUGCCCGAUCCUAUGAAGGUGCAGGAAUUUCUUCAAAAAUUUAGUGCGCACCUGAAAAAGGAUCCAGCACUUAUGCAAGGCAUGGAAACGAUAUUACAGCCGAAAGUAUCGUGUAAGGAUUGUGCUGAGGCUAUCAGUGCUGUACUCAAAAAGUUGGGUCAACCUGUCAUGACCAAUCUUUACUAUAAUACUAUAAAAAUGCUUCUAGAGAGAGUUAGUUCAGUCAUGAUUGAUGAAGAAGCUAUUAGAGUGUUGAUAGGAUAUGUAUUGGAUUGCUUAAAAGGCGGAAACGUAAUUGAAGAAGUUGGUUUAAAUCCAAAUAAUGCUGGUGAAAAAGGACUAAGAUUAUUACUGAUGCUGUCUUUCGUGUUUGCACCACAUUUUUUACACGACGAUAUUUUACUCCAGCUUGUCCAACUGUUGGAGUUGGAUGAUGAAAUGGUCGCACCUCUCGUUCUUUCAAUAUUUACAUUCUUAGGAAAGUACAGACCGCUCUGUGACGUCUCAUCAGAGAUCAUGGAUCAGCUAGUGCCGAUAUGCAAAAAUUUUGCUGAGUGUGGAACACCAAAACAGGCUAAACAAGCCAUUCGGUGUUUAUUCAUUAAUAUGACUAAUAGUCAUGAUACUAUUUUCCCGGAAAUCAUUGACAAAAUAAAAAAUUCACUCACGCCCACCUCUGAGUAUUAUCGCACGGCGAUUGUCGCACUUGGACAUAUUGCAUACAAUUUACCUGAAAAAUAUCAUGUUCAAAUUAAAAACAUGGUUUCUCGAAAAAUUGUUAAAGAACUUCUAGUGAAAGAAAGUAGUGAACAACAAAGCGAAAAUGACGCGGAAUGGUGCAGAGAAGAAGAAUUGCCUGAUGAAACUCGCUGCAGGCUAGAAGGAUUAAAAUGCAUGGCUCGAUGGCUUUUGGGUCUCAAAAACGACACCCUCUCUGCGCAGAAAACAUUUAGAAUGCUUAAUGCAUUCAUAGUGAAUAAAGGAGACUUAUUACAGCAAGGUCGUCUUAGCAAAGCAGAAAUGAGUUGGCUCCGUCUUCAAGCGGGAUGUUCCAUGCUCAAAAUCUGUGAACAAAAAGGCGUUGGUGAUCAGUUUACAGCAGAACAAUUUUACAAUUUGUCUCAGCUCAUGGUGGACGAGGUUUAUCAAGUUAGAGAAGCCUUCAGUAAUAAACUACACAAAGGUCUUGGUAGAGGAAUACCGCAUAAAUGUUUACCACUAGAUUUUAUGGGGUAUUAUGCUUUAGCUGGUAAGGAGCAGAACAAAAAAUUGAAACAGGUUAUGAAAACUUAUAUGCAAACUGAUAUCAACAAAAGAAGAGAUUACCUUAAAACAAUGUCCAUGACAGUUGUGGAACGUGCUAUGGGCCAAGGUAAAAUUGAAAGUAAACUUCCUCACAUUUUACCAGACUACAUGCUAGUGUUUGCGGUACCUAUUCUCGCACACGAUCCUGAAUUUACGAGUCAUACGUCAAUUAGCCACUUAAAAGUCAUACAACAAUGUCUGUGGUUCAUUUUGGAACCUUUAAUAACCAAAAACGAGUACUAUUGCUAUGGAUUUUAUAAAAAUCUUAUAGAACGAAUGAAAAAUCACAAAGACGCCUGGAAACCUGAUGACGAGGAGAUGAAUUAUAAAUUGUGGGCAGUUUGUGACAUGGCAAUGAAUGUUGUUUUUACAAAAACGACAAACUUCGACAUGAAGGAAUUUCCAAGUGACACACGGAUACCAACGAUGUAUUUUAAAAGAACGGAAGAAAUAUUCUCUAACACAAAGAACUAUCUACCCGCUGAGCUACAAAUCAACAUGAACAAUCCAAAAGGAAAGGGAGCACCUAUGAAUUCACUGACAAACGAGAGGCCUACAAGGAAAACGAAGGCAAAACAAAAAGAAAUGGGCAUUGGGCCAAACGAAACAGAUGCAAGGCUGCAUGUUGGCGCAAUGGAAUGUAUUGAUGCUCAGCCUGCAGAAGCAUCCGAAACUAGAAUUCACCUUCCAGGCUUAGUCGAAGAAAGUGAAGAACCACCAGAAAAGAAACAAUGUAAGGAAUCGGAAAAAAUGAGUAAAUAAGUGUGUAAAUGAACUGUUUACAAUAAACAAAGGAAAAGUUACAAAGUGAAAGAAAAUAUCGAAGAAGAAGGUGUGAUAACUCUAUUAUAUGAACAUUACGUGAACAUUUUGCUCACUAGAAACAGAUUAUUUUGAUUAUGUACAAGAGUUGGUAAUAUACCCGAGUCGUUCGCGCAUUUCUAGAUGAAGAGAAAAAGAAAAAACCUUAGUAUGUAAUAUUACAAUGAAAUGAUGACGUGAACUAACCGAUGCAAGUUGAAGUACUUUGAUGGCAGGUAGUAGAUCAAUGUGGCUGCCAAAUAUCUGAACUCUUAUGAGAUUAAAUGGCGCUUCGUAAUAUCUGUAUAAAAAGCACUCGACAUUAAAUUAUCUUUCAUGGACCCCUGGUGACCGAUUCGCGUCGAAUCGUAUACCAAGUUUAUUAAUAAAACUCAGCAACCCUGGUUAGAAAAUUGUAUUUAUUAGAACUAGAAACAAUUAAAAACAAUAGAUUAAAUUAUUUUCGAUGUAAGUGGUGAUUGAUUACUGCGAUUAAUGAAUUUUAAUUUAUAUUUGUAUAUUACUAAUUUAAUGAUUCAUUAAUCGCAGAUGGCAAACAAAAUAAUUUACGAUAGUGAAAAAAUUUAACUAUAGCGUCGAAAAAUUAGCAGUACAAUAGUUAAGGAUGAUUGAAUCCUAAUACAUAUAAUUUACUUCAUAAAAUAGAAACAUAAUAUCAGUAAUAGGAUGCAAUUAUUCUGAAUCGUUUGCAUCUUUAGUAAUUGUAAUUUAUUUUGUUUAAUCAUCAAAAAAUCGUCAUGCACUAAACUCUACAGAAAAGCGUUUAACGAUAUUUAAAUUGUUUUUAAUUCUAAUUUCUAGCCAGGGUGUGACAUACAAUUCAAGUUUUUGUACAAGUAAGCCUGUUUUUCCAAUGUUCAUCUGACAUUCCUUGUGUCGUUCAGUCUUAAUUUAUAUAAGAGUAAUAAAAUUUAAAAUGAAUUUCUUUGAAGCAUAUAUAAUUGUAAUCCCAAGCCUUUUUCUCUUAAAAUCAGUAUUUAUUUAUAAAAAUAAAUAAAUUAUUUUCACCUUGUAAAAUCUCGUGAGGAGAACUACAAAAAUGUUGACGAUUAAGUUUGUGCUAUUUGUCCAGUUAUUUUUGCUGGGGUGUAUAAUAAAUUUACGUCAUAUUUUUAAGAGAGAUAACUAGUGGAAUGGCACAAAGAUAUCAGAUGUUUUAGGCUCAUAAUACUGUAUAUUUAGAGGUCAUAUAAAAAAUCGCUUUAUUUUUUGGCAAUCUAAAGUUGAUUGUUUCUAAAACUUUUUUAUAAACAUUGAUUAUUACAAUUAAUGGAAAGUAAUCUAAGCAGCGUAAUACUUUUUUCAUAAAGAGGCGUUUAUUUUCAUUUAAAUAAUUAUAUUUCAUGUUAAUAUAAAUAAAAAAGUUCAACUUGGCUAUCGAACGGCAUACUAUGACUCUAUCCGUUGAUUGUCUGUUAUGUUAUAUAAAAAGAUUAUUUAAAAAUUCUAAAUUAUAUACUAGAAAAAAACCUAUUUGGAAGUUAAGCGUUUGGAAUUAAUUAAUUAAUCGAACGACAAAUGAUUUUUAAUAUUAAUAUAUAAUUAUUAUUCCCGCUGCGCGAAGUUAUUCUUGCCGUUCGAUUGCCGAUUUAGAAGUAUUAUUAUUAAAUAGUCGUAUACCGUCGUUGUGUUUAUUCCAAAAUAGUUUUCAGUUCAUUGUUCUCCAUCGUCUCAUUUUAUUUUAAUAAAAAUAAUUAUUAAUUUGAUUUUUAUUUACCAGUGAGUACUCAUCCAAUAUUCACUAUUUAUAAAUGGUAAUAUGCUAAAAGAAAAAAAUGAAUUUGAUUGCUGCUUUGGAUUAAUUUAAAUAUUUUUGUGCUGGCCUAGUUCUUAUACAUUUUUUUUGUGGUAUCAAUAUAAUUAUAAUUACUAUUAUUAUUAAUAUUAUUAUUAUAUCGUGUGUUCGAGUAUAUGAAGGAUUUGUAAAAGGUGCGAGAGCUCUAUGAGUGAAAUUGUUGCGAAUGAUGACGAUUGGUUAAAAUUAUAGUAUAUAAAUAUAAUUAUAAUAAUGACAAGAAAAAAA